AUGGGCUGGGCUGCUCAAGGAUACGCAUGCGAAGCGCCACUGAUGGUAGGUGCGCAGUAUACUAGUGCAGCUCCAUUCCUAGGAGCUUACGACCUCACCGCAUUCCCCUCCACGUAUGGGGGCGGAUUUGCUAUUUCAAGCGCGUCCCCUAUCUCGCCUUACGGGGUCUCUGUGGUAUCAGAGAAUGCGAUCGAAGGAAUCCUGGCGGUCGGUGGUGAAUUGCCAUUCCUUGGCACCGUAGCGUUAGAGGGUGCUCUGCCAACAGCUGGUGCGGGCACCAUCUCAUACGGCUGUGGUAACGGGAAUGUGGGAAUGAUAAGUGAGAGUGCCUUGUCAAUGGCGGCCGCUAAUGGAUUCGGGUGGCCCGGGACAGGCCUAAACUAUGCCCCGACGACAAAUGGGUACGGGUACAGCGGGGCGUGGGCUAAUCCUGCCACAGAAUAUGGAUAUGGUUGUGGAGCGGUAUAU